UGAGGCACGACACGUGCGCAUCGCCUUAACAAACUUCGCGGCUAUUUGCCUUACAAAAAGCUUCCCAACACGAGUGACCGAUUAAUUGAUAAGUGAACGGAGUGCUGCCCCUUUUUUCGAGCAAUUCGGAGCCGGACGUCGACCAGCCGCCCGGUCCCCUCGCUCCGGUGCAACGUCGCGAGUGUUUUCUUUUAAUUUGGUGCUAAAAUGGACCCCCCCGGAGCGAAAAUUCGCUCGCCAAAAAUCUCCUUCUAAUCGGCGACUUCGCGAGCGUUAAAAAUCCCAUUAAAUCGUCCCCGGCCCACCAUUCUCGGGACUCGAGUCACUCGACGACUUCCGCUUCGAGUCACGGACUCCGCGCCUUUUUACAUGCUCCUUCCUCAAUCCUCAGAGACACGAAUAGUGCACCGGGAGUUAUGAACUCGAGAUAAACAUCGUUCGAGGAGGAAACGCCGAGUGCUUCGAACAGUGCGAACGUUCGUUCUCACAUUUCAGCCCCCUUUUCUCACCGAGACACCAAUUUUCAACUUUUUCUCCUCGACGAUGGCGUCUAUGUGCGGCAGCAGCAAGGCUCAUCCUGCUUACGCUCCGACCAAUUUUUAUCGACCGGGAGGUUACCCUUACCAGAAUGACUAUUAUCUGCCGCCGAGAUCAGCAUGGUCGAGAGUCCCACCACAACAGAUGACGAAGCGGAGACAUCGGUCCGGUUCGACGUGGAAAAUCGGGAGCGCCAUAAUCAUAAUUCUCAUGAUUUUCGUUCUGGCGAUUGCUGGAAUAGCUUUUUGGCUGGGAGCUAUACGCGGAGAGCCGAAAAAUGCAAUCGUUGGCUUUUCGUGCAGUUUUCGAGUCACCAGAGGGGAGCAUUACAAUCCAAUGUUGAAACUGAACACGAGCAUGGUUUUUAGGGAGAAGGAACGAAAAUACAAAAACAUUUUUGAACUUCUCUUCAGAAAAAGUGCCCUUGGCACAGCUUACAAGGACGCCGUUGUCGACAGAUUCGAGAACGGUUUGCUCAAGAUAUUCUUCAGACUUUAUCUCGAUCGCAGGAAGAUUCCUCGUACCUUAACAAACAUUGAAGAUACGAUCCAAGACAUAAUAGCCAGGGAGACGUACUCGUCAGCCUCCUUGUUCAAGGACAUGGAGCUUGACCUCACGAGCAUCUCAGUCAGACGAAUAAACGCCGAAUUGGUGAAGAGCCCAAAACCGAAUUCCCAGCAGCAAAGGAACACGAUGAUAACGAAAAACGGUUUGUUGAGACCGAGUCGAAACAGCUCGUUGGUUUCAGGCUCGAAGAGCAAAACAAAGCCCGUGAGGAUGGAGCCGAACGAGGCCGACAUCGAUUUCAGCAACAUUCCAACGAUCCAGGGCACUUAUCAGGCGACCAAACUCAAUUUGACUAAAGGCCCAAGCAAAAGCGAAACCAGAAAUGAUUCCAGUUCCGUAAACCUUAAAAAAGAUGAAACGAACAAAGAGAGAAAUUCUUCGGCAGCCAGGAACCCUGGCACGACGCCGGGAGCCGCCGAAACUGCAACGCGGAUGACCAACAAGAUGGCCGACCGGGUGACGCAAGCAACCAAAAUGGCCGAGCCGCCAACGAGCACUCCGCCUCCCAGGACGCCUCCAGCGAAAGAUUCAACAACCAAAGAGAAUCCUUUCAACGAAUUCCGAAAACCCGAUCUCGAAACCUCGCCCUGGAAGCCGAUAAUCCCCGAUUUCGGGCUUCCCGACGCCGAAUCCUCCAAGGAACAAGCGACUGAAAAAAUAUCGGCUAGUCCUGGCCCAGAAACGAGCAAGAUUAAGGUCGGGCCCGAGAUUUCGGUUACCACGGAAUCGGGGGUGAGCGACGCGACGAGAUUCAGCCUGGCGCCGUUGGGCCCGAGCUCUUUCGAAAGCCCCGAAUCCGAUUUCCCCCGGGAUCGGAUCGUGCCCCACGAGAUGGUCAACUUCCGUCCGAAUUCAAAGUUCAAAAACAAGAUUCCUGGAGUGGAGGAUGAGCCGGCACCGGAGAUCGAAGUCUCGGGUCACCUGCCCCCGGAAACUUACGACCUCCACCUCGGCACCUCCGCGGAUCACAAAUUCCAGCAUCCGAAUCCGGACCCAAGUCGAUUUCCGGCGUCAACAGCGACCGAAAAGCCCUCCGUUUGGCCGAAUCGGGAUUUACCGAUUUCCCAAACUCCCAGCAUGCUCGCCACGCUCCCGGGCAGCUUGCCGAUCGACUGGCCCACGAGUGGCUCCGGUUUCGGAUCGUCGGGAGUCGGCCAGGGCACCAAAAUCUCCGGAAUCGGCGUCGCCGAGCCGGUCCUCGAUCUCGAAUUCGAUCCGGAAAGCCGAAAUCGCUUUACCGAUAUUCUCGCAAUCGAUUCGACUCUCGCCAAGCCGUUGAGAGAUCAGGGAGUCGAGCCCAAGGACCCUGCGGAUUGGCCGGGCGUUGAGGACGCGCCCGAAUCCAAGCAGCCGAUUUACACGAGCUACCGCACUCCGGAUUUGAACGGUGGCGCCAAACCGAGCCUCGUGGAGAACCCCGGAACCCUUAAACCCUUCAGACACACCAUCCCCGUCGACAAAAUAACGCCAGCGCUCGUGGCAGUCCCGGAACUCAAGAUACCGAUCUCCGUAGAAAUCGGCUCGACGAGCAUCGAGCCGGAGACCCUUUUCGCCGCGGAUUCGGACGCCGUUUCUGCUCAAAGUGACAAAACUUCCGGUCCGCUUGAUAAAAGUAAACCGGAAGUAGGGCAGGAGCAGUUUUCCCAAAAGAUCGAAAUCGUUGACGAUUUGCCGCCAUCUUUGAACGCAACCGACGAUAAAACGAUCGACGAUGACACCAUUCUGCGACACCCUACCACGGAAAAGUUCUCGGAAGUCUAUCCGCCGAAGCCCAGCGGUGGGAAGCUCGCCAUUUCUCCAGAGAUCGUUACCGAUCUCCGGAGGAAUUCAACCUUCGUGGAAAUCGGCACGGUUCCCCACGAGCCUGGGCCAAAACCGGGGUCCGGUUCGUCGCAGGGCGUGGCUUGGCAGCCGGGGAACGUCCCCGCGCACCAAGAAAUCGGUAAGAAGGUUUAUAACGAUACUUUGAAAGCGAACAUCGUGGAAAAUGUCGUCACAAUGGCUCCGGCGAAGAGCAACACCGGAGUAGGGCGACCCUUGAGGCCCAGGCCAAAAAUCGACAAGGACAAAAGCACGAGGCUGCUGGAAAAGGACCCCGAAAGCUCAGCCGAUUUCGGACAGGAUGUCGAUCUUUUGAAAAAAUUAUUCGGCCUUGAGGAUCGUGAGAACGGGGGCUCCGGGGACGGGGAUCACCUCGUGACCGGAGAAAGCGUCGUCCAAGAAUCGGUAACCCGAAAAGAUCGACCGGUCCUCAAGCAGCCGAUCGUGGAAGUCGUAACUUCGAUAAGCACUAAAGUUUCGUCGAAAAUCAAAACCGACCAGGUCGUCCUCAGGUUCGAAAUAACGAAUUCGACUUCCGGCCCCGAGAUUCACGAUCGUUACGAGCCGAUCGCGAGUCCGGCGCCGGGAGAUCGGCAAGCCCCCGAGGGCCUGGAAGAAAACCGCUCUUUUCGCGAUGGAACAGAAAUCUUUGAAAAUUCGGACGAAAGACUGUUCCUCUGGAGCGAAAAGCGACCUGCACUCGUCGCCGAGGAUCUGAAAAGCUUCGAUCGAAAAAUAUCCAGUAACGAGGAGGUUAUAGAGAAAUUGAAAAAAUUUGCAGAGGUUAGAAUCGACAACGAUCCUGGAAAACGGAGAGAAAAUAAUUCGACGAAACACCUCGAUCGUCUCGAAUCACAGAAAAUCCCACCGCCCCAGUCGCUCGUCAAUUUUGAAGCGUUGAAAAAAAUCGCUGACCUCGCUACCGGACACAAAACACGAGCUAACAACACCGCACACAGCUUCACUCUCAGCAGGGACGGUCUUCAGGUGCUUACUAAAGUUCUCAACAAGGCUGACGAGCGAAUCGACGAAACAAUCAAUUCAACGACUGAGAAAUAUUUGGAUACAACUUUCAUAGAAUCUUAUUGCGACGGGUUCCGCUGCAACGAUGGUAAGUGCCUGCCUUCGGAGGGACGCUGCAACAUGCUGGGCGAGUGUUCGAACUCCGAGGACGAAAACGACUGCACUUGUGCCGAUUUUCUCAAAGCUCAAUCGCUCAAUCAGAAGAUUUGUGAUGGAACUCCCGACUGCUGGGAUUAUUCCGAUGAAAAUGAGUGCGAUUGGUGCUCGGAAGGACAAUUCGUUUGCGGGAACAGCAGAAGCUGCGUCGAUCAGACGAGAGUCUGCGACGGUUUUAAAGACUGUCCAAGCGGAGAGGACGAAAAGAAAUGUGCAGCUCUGAUAGACGAUGACGAAAUGACGAACAUCGUUGAAAAAAGGAUUUCCACGUCCCUCGAAUUUGUCACGGAACCGAUUUAUUCAACGGAGCCAAAAAGUUACGAAUUUUAUGAGGAAGAAACUCGCGAAAAACCGUCCGAACAUUCGGAUAUCCCGGAAGAUCAGGACGCCGUGGAAUCAGCCAUAUUGGAAACGACGACGUUUCGGAUCGUUGUCGAAAACUCACCAGAUUCAAAAAAACUCGCUCUCGGACGAGAAAUUUCCGGGACAUCGAAAAACCGAGCCGACCAUUCCGCCAACUCUAUUCGUCCCACCAAAAUCGAUAAUUCUUUUGAAAGAAAUGAAAUUCGCAACGAAAUCAAUGGAUACAGCGAUCGAGGCUUUUUAAGCAUCAGAAAAAAUGGGAAAUGGGGCAAACUCUGCCUCACAGGCAUGGACAACCUUCUCGAAGAGAAGAGAACUAUUUGGACCAUCGAGGAUCUUGGCAGAGCUGUUUGCAAAGCCGUUACUUAUCAGGAUUACGAGAGAGUGGAAAAGGUUUACGACGAGAAAACCUCUCGACAGGAUCGCAUCUAUUACAGCCUAUUUUACAACGAAGAGAAACAUUCUGAGAAAACGAGUUUGACGUUCAGACCCUCGGAGUGUCCGAGUGGGGAAGUCCUGCGUGUCAAAUGCAAGAAUCUCGAGUGUGGAAUUCGCACGCAAACAACUUCGCAGGCGAGAAUCGUCGGGGGUGGAAGCUCUGAGACGGGAAGCUGGCCUUGGCAAGUUGCUCUCUACAAGGAAGGCGAAUACCAGUGUGGCGGAGCUCUAAUCAGGGAUCGAUGGAUUUUAUCCGCUGCUCACUGUUUCUAUCAGGCUAAAUACGAAUUCUGGGUGGCGAGAAUCGGUGCAACGCGUCGCGGCAGUUUUCCCAGUCCCCACGAGCAGCUUUUGAUCGUGGACGAAAUUUCUCCCCACCCGGACUACAUCCACAAUGGUUUCAUAAACGACGUCGCGCUUCUGCGACUCGAAAAGUCGGUGACUUUCAGCGAUUAUGUCCGUCCGAUAUGUUUGCCGAGCGCUGAGCCAAAAAGUGGUGUUACCUGUACCGUCACUGGCUGGGGCCAGCUCUUCGAGCUUGGACGAAUUUAUCCUGACACACUCCAAGAAGUUGAACUUCCGGUGCUAUCGACCGAAGAAUGUCGAAGGAAAACACUUUUCCUCCCUCUUUACAAAAUCACUUCCGGGAUGCUUUGCGCUGGUCUCAAGGACGGUGGUAGGGACGCUUGUCUAGGUGACAGUGGAGGACCUCUCGUCUGUCCGGGGCUGGACAACAGAUACACGCUCCACGGAAUAACUUCGAACGGUUACGGUUGCGCGAGGCCGGGACGUCCGGGAGUGUACACGAAAGUGCAUCAUUACAUCACGUGGAUCGAGCGAACGAUAUCAAAAUUGGAUUCUCCAUCGUCGAUUCCCUCCUGCAAGGGGCACCGAUGUCCUUUGGGCGAGUGUUUGCCAAUGUCUCGAGUCUGCAACGGCUAUCUCGAAUGUUCGGACGGCAGUGACGAGCGGGAUUGUCCGCUGACGAGCCAACGGCGAUGAAAUCGCAUAAUAAGAACUAUUCAACAAAAACUAGAGACAAGAUGAAAAUACGAAAAAAACAUUAAAACCAAGAAAAAUCUUGGGCUCGUGGCAAUUUUGAGAGCAAAAAGAAAAACGUUUUUUUGCAGAUUUUACUAAAUCUAUGUGUGUUUCGACGAUGUUUCAUCGUCGAAGCUCCAACUGAAGAUGAAAAAUCAAGAUUUUCGGAAAUCCGAUCGCGUAGCUCCGAUUGUCUCUGCUUUCAUAUUUUUGCAACAAAAAAUUGAUCAUUAGAAAUGCAAUUUUUCGAAUGAACGCAAGUUUUUCGAGUGAAUUAACUCAAAAAACCAUUUUUCUGGAUUCAAAUCAGUAACGAGCCCUUCGAGGACCAAAAAAACGACUGGAAUUUACGUAUGUUGGAAAGAGCAUACGCCCACGUGCAAUACACGUUUGUAAAAUAGUUUAAAAAAUGGCAUAAAAACAAAAGACUGUUAACGAAGAGGAAAGUGACAAAAAUGAUGGAAUAGAUUUUUGAGAAAACCUUCAACGUAGUUAAUGAACGAGGCCAAUAUCGAGGUUCCAGCGAAGUGCAAUUACCUCACGUGCUAAAAACGUAGUUCAGUAGCCCUUUUGUGAUAAUUAUUCUUGUUUUUUCUCCCGCUAUUAAUAAGGUGGUGAAAAUGGGAGCGAAAAUUAGCGACAAACGUCGAGCGACCUGGCAUUUUGGUUUUUUGUUUCGAGUUUAAUUUUGCUGCAAAUCCGGAGCAGAAACUCGGUAAAUUGUGUGGGAAAAAUCUCGAGGCCACGUCCGCAGUUUUUUCGCUCCAUUUUCGUCGAACCUCGUGAUUAUUUUGUAUUUCGUUAUUUUAAUAUUGGCUAUAACUUCUAACACGUGUAAAUAUAUUGUUUGUUUAUCGUAGCGUAGGUGAUAGGUGAAUAAAUGAAAAAAUUCUUAGUAAAUGGAUUCUGCGAUACUCGUUAACUUGUAUUUUUGAAGUUUCGAUGACGAUUAUUCGAGGAGCCAAAAUAAAAUUGAUCGCAACGUCA